AUACCGCAGGUGUACGGCGUACGAUGUGGCGGGUUAUUAGACACAUUGGUAACAAUUGCAGUGCUGCAUCCAUAGGGUGACGUUGUCUAUAGUGUGUUUUGUGCAUCCCGGCGGAUCUCUGCCCAUCCGUAUCCUAGAUGCCGCACUGAUGAUGAUGACGAGCGCGAUGAGGAAUAUUUGGCAGAUGUGUCUUCCUCUGGAAUACAUGCGGUGUUGGGUCUUAUUAUAUCACAUCCUUUCUACGGUUAUCUCUGGCAGACGUCUCGCUGGCUGUUCUCUCGGCACUUUCGGGAGGGAUCCGGAGGAGAUAUUUAACUAUUGGAUGCCCACAUCAGACCAACCUGCCGCUCCCACCAGCACUCCCGUCACCUCCUGAGAUGAACAAGCUGCGGCAGAGUCUACGGAGAAAAAAGCCGACUUAUGUCCCAGAGGCCAGUCGUCCCCACCAGUGGGGGGCAGAUGAGGAGGCUGUGAGAAGGGGGAAAUGCAGCUUUCCUGUCCGGUACCUGGGGCAUGUGGAGGUGGAGGAGUCACGUGGCAUGCAUGUAUGUGAAGACGCUGUGAAGAAGCUGAAGCUGCUCGGCAAGAAGUCAGUAAAAGCCAUAUUAUGGGUAUCCGCUGAUGGACUACGAGUUGUGGACGAUAAGACAAAGGAUCUCAUUGUGGACCAGACCAUUGAAAAGGUCUCAUUCUGUGCACCAGACCGCAACUUUGACAAAGCCUUUUCUUAUAUAUGUCGAGAUGGAACAACCCGACGCUGGAUAUGUCAUUGCUUUAUGGCUUUAAAAGAUUCGGGGGAGCGUCUGAGUCAUGCUGUGGGCUGUGCGUUUGCUGCCUGUCUUGAACGAAAGCAGAAGCGUGAAAAGGAGUGUGGAGUUACUGCAUCCUUUGAUGCCAGCCGUACCAGCUUUGCCCGUGAGGGAUCUUUCCGUGUCACAUCAGGAUCACAGCAAACUGAGCGAGAAGAUGCGAUGAAGCAAGCCCAGGAGAAGAAGAAAGCUGAAGCCGCUCAGGUCCAGCCCACAAUUCCAGCCCCUAUCCCAGCACCACCUGCCCCGGUGGAGUGUUCUUCCCCACUACAAGGUCAGGCAGGUUCGGCAGAGAAGGGAGAAACCGGCGGCCAGCAUGCAAUCCCCCGCAGACACGCUCCCUUGGAACAGCUCGUGAGACAGGGAUCGUUCCGAGGGUUCCCCGCACUGAGCCAGAAGAAUUCACCCUUCAAGAGGCAAUUGUCACUGAGACUGAAUGAGCUCCCAUCCACCUUACAGCGCAAAACCAACUUCCAGGACAAGAGUCAAGUCUCUGAGGGGGAUGCAGCAGUACCUCCCGAUCAGGAUGGAAUUACCGAUUUAUGCAACCAGAUCAAUAACUCCUUCACUAACAAACCACCGGAAGACCCCUUUAUUAAUGGAAAUGGAACCAUGACUCCUCCUAAUGUGACGCCACAAAACAUCCCGGGAUGGACAGAUCAAACAAUGACCACCCCAGCCCCUUCUAACUUCCAGAUGGGCCAUCGCCGAACCCCGUCUGAGGCAGAACGAUGGCUGGAAGAGGUAGCAAAAGCAGCCAAAGCCCAACAGCAGCAGCAGCAACAACAAGAGUCCAUGCCUCAACCUAUGGUGGCUGUGCCCAUGGCAGUACCAGCUCCUGUGCAGGCAUAUCAUCCUAUAUCCUAUGAUGCCACCCCUGCUCCCGUUGGCAUGUUUAUUGCUCCUCACAUGCAGCCAGCCUAUGUACCUGUAGGUACUUACACCCCACCUAUGGCAAAUAGCAUCCCAUACCCUGCUCCAAGUGUGCCAGUGGUGGGUAUUACUCCAUCCCAGAUGGUGGCCAAUGUUUUUUGCUCUGCCACCCAAGUACCAUCAUCCAAUCUGGCAAGUAAAACCAACCCAUUCCCACAGAGCAUCCUGCACUCUACAACCCCCAGUGUCCAGAAUCCCAUCUCAUCACAGCAUCUCCCAUCAGGACCAAAGUCAAAUGGCACCGCCAAUGGUGCGUGGCCUCCAGAUCCCAGCCAGUUAAGAUUGGCAUCCACAGCACAGGAAGUGGACCAGUUCGAAGCUCAGUGGGCAGCACUUGAAUCCAAGUCUCAGCAGCGCAUGGCCAACCCCUUCUCCAACGAACUUCAUAAAACUUUCCAGAUAGAAUUGUAGCCGAGAUGGCACCAAGUCGAAAAACACAAAAACUUUGUUGAGGAUCAGCUGCCAGGUCAGGACGGGCCAAUAGGACAUGCCAUUUUCCGCCGUGUAACAAAUCUGUGUCUACGAAGACUCCAGGUGCCAGUCAGGGGGUGGGUGGAUAUAACUGGAGAUCAUAGACUAUAUCUAUAUCGAUUGAUAGGGUUACCCUUUAAACUAUGUUUUUAUAGCCACUAGGCCCGAGGACCACCAGAUCUGCUUAUUGAAUGUGAAAAAAAAAAAAAAUCCAGAAAGAGCCUUGGUUCAUGGGAAUAAUGAAUAACUGGAUCAUGGAUGUAGGAAACGUUAUAAGAGUGUGUAUGUGCAGAAGGGUUAUGUAAGUGCGGAGGAGGUAGGAGGUAAGUGAUGGAAAGCACUGAGGAGGGGUAUGCUAGACGUGGUGCGGUUGUGGCUUACAUUUUUGCGUAGACCCCUAUUUCGCUGUCCAUGUGGUGCUAGAUCUAUCUCUGUUGCUGUAUCCCAGGGUUUUAUGUUUUCGUAUUUAUUUGUAUAUAUCGUAGGUCUGUCCUAAAUUAUUCAUCUAAAUGUGCGACCAAGCUUCUGCCACCUGCUGGAAGAGCAUGGAAGUGCUCAUAAGAAAUCAUUAAAGGGGUAUUCCAGGCAAAAACUUUUUUUUAUAUAUCAACUGGCUCCGUAAAGUUAAACA